UCCCCGGGAGGCCUCCUCCCUCUUUCCCCGGCCCUCCAUAGAGGAAGCACGCGUUCUCCUGACUCUCUCCGCUCCGGAGCUCUACAACUCUCUGUAAAGAUGCGUUACGUAGCCUCCUAUCUUUUGGCUGUGCUCGGCGGUAAUGACAGCCCUUCAAUCGCUGACCUGAAGAAGAUUCUAGACAGCGUUGGCAUUGAGCUGGACAAGGAGCGUGCCGAGAAGGUAAUCAAUGAGCUGAAAGGCAAGAAAAUCGAUGAGGUGAUUGCUCAAGGUAAUACCAAGCUGGCAAGCAUGCCUUCUGGGGGUGCUGCCGCCAUUGCUGCAUCUGCUGGCCCUGCUGCUCCUGCUGCUGGAGGAUCUGCUGCACCAGCUCCUGAAGAGAAGAAGAAGGAAGAGAAGGAAGAGUCUGAGGAGUCCGAUGAAGAUAUGGGAUUCGGCCUGUUCGAUUAAAUAUUGUAGCCUUUUAAAAUAAA